AUCCGUAGAAUCUGGAUUUAAGCCAAUGCCAUACACCCGCUCCUUAUUGUCAAGGAUCACCAAUCAAUGCCAGCUCCUGUACGACACUGCAAGCUUCGGUUUUCAACAAAAACUCCGCAGUUCCAAAUGAGAAGACUGCUGAACUGUGACGGGCCAUGCAUCGCUGUUUACAUAGAAAUAACCGAACGUGUGGGACAGUACUACGGUCAUUUUGAUUUUACAACGCCCAGACCUACAAUCCCUCAACACAGCAUUUGAAAAGUAAAGGUGUUCAAAAAGAUUGUUUUAUAACUUAGGGUUAAAAUCUAUAUGAAAUGUUCAGUCUUUGGAAUAGCUUACCAUAAGUGUGAUCCUCAUUGUUGGAUUCACACAAAAAUAUAAUAAAGACUGUGUCUUAGAACUAUUCCAGUUUCAGACUCCAGUGGUACCGUGUCUGGUACGCCAAUGUAGAGGAAGCAGCCCACAUCGUCCAUUAUGUCUGGGGUGGGCAUCAAACAGAAACUCUUCGGGAUAGGCGGGAAGGUCAAGCCUGCCCCUGGACCUAACGAGAAGACAACUGAUUCUUCCACCCACAAGUCCGAUGGUAAAAAGACGGAUGCUGCUGGAAAGAAACACAACCCACAAAAAAAGCUCUACACAGGAGCAAUCGAUUUGCAAAAGCAAAAACAGGAAAAAUGGUCCAGAUUUCGGAAGUUUUUCUACAACAAAUUCAAUAAGGAAGAAAAGGAUCCUAACAAGAAACGUUUGCGGGAAGAAUUAGGGAGGACACCUUUAGAAACGUGGUUGACUUGUGUUUUCACGUUCGUCAUUGGAACCUUUCUGUUCGGAGGAGGGAUCUAUUUGAUCUACAACGGCAGUGAUUAUUACGUCAUCGACUUCAUCGUUGUGGGCUCUAUCGGCAUCGUGAUGGGCAUAUGCUUCACUGUUGUAGGGCUCUUCACCAUCCUGAAGCCAAUUUAUGACAAAAGGAAGGAACAAAGAGAGGCCCAAGAAAAGGUCGUGGAGUUGCAGACACAGCAGUCAACAGACCAGACGUCGGCGUAUUUUAAUUCUGCGCAGGCUGAGCUCAUGACAUCGCAGAUUGGCGACAGACAUUCAAACCGUCGCCCAAGCAAUGUUGAUCUGUACGGUAACGACGAUGCUGAAAACGCCAAAUCGCGACUCUCCUCCAGGGAAAGCGCCCCGCUCCCUCCCCCUGUGGCUGUGCCAAACCAUGAAAAAGACACAAGCGAAAGGAAGGCAGUGAUUCUUCUAGGCGUGCGAGAAUCUACUGCAGAUGACAUCGCAGUAAUUUCGAAAGCGGCGCAUGCGCAAAAAGUAACUUCCGAUUCUGCUACAGCUUCUGAUUCCGCAAACGUGACAAUCACGGCUACCGUAGAAUUGAGCCGGGAGUCCAGUGAUGUGUCCAUCACUGACGUCAUUGAACGAUCAGAGAACAGGGAGCGUUCUAUACAAUCCUCUGCUGGCUCUGGUCACGUGGGCCUACCUGACAGCCCACGAGACUCACCGAUGCCGGUUAUAGUGACCUCGACUGAGGACGGUGAGAUCAAAGGCACAGAAAGCACACACUCAAAGAACAAAAAAAUAGAUAAUCAAGUUUUGCCUGGCAGCAGCGUCAACCAAGAAGUAAGCAAUCCAGAGAACACGAAAGCAAUCCUGUCUUCGUCAAAAAGACGACAGACGUCGGACCACGCAUCGCUUCCAGGUGAGGAGGAGGGGUCCGACUACUAUUCCGACGACAGUAGUUGUGAGGACAUCAGGGUGGUGCCCGAGGAGCCGUUUUUCUACCACAAACCUCCGAGUUCUGAGACCCUCAUAUCUGUGCCUGUGCAUGUCGAUUCUCCCGCUAGAUUCUCAGAGAGCGACAACGUGGGGGAGUAAACAGGCGGAGACACUCAUAAAAAAACAUCUUCACACGGGUUUUGAACUCACGCCUUACCAGAAAAACGGCGAAGAGCUUAACUAUUACAGCACAGACGCUGGUACUUUUUAACUAUUAUCAUCGAGUGAGGUUCAGCUCUUGUAACCAUAGACAACCAAAGACUAAUAGACAAAUAAUGUUGCUAAAGAGGAAAGAGAGGGUGAAAAAGGGAAGAAGAGG